UUUUGUCAGUCCUAGGUUAACCAUAGGCAGUCAGCCGAGUAUACCCGAAAUUAGCCGACGGUAGUCGAACAGUCCGUCCUACCGGACUGCUUGAGGCGGCCGCAACGCCAUGUUGAGCGAAGUCUCCCAUCUCUAUGAAAAAAUAAGUUUAAAAUGCAACAUGAAGAUAUCAAACGCUGACUGAGUGAAGAGGGCACACCGGGGAAUAUACUCUGAAGAACGGAACCGAACCAGAUCCGCGGACAUCCCGGACGAGGUGGGGGAGGCAAGCCCCUCACCGUCCCCAUGAAUAGCUCUACAAUUCUUGUAAAAAGCGACUAUACAUUUAAAAAGCCAGUUAUAGAAAUGGAUUGUGAGACAGAAUCUUAAGCAAAAGGAUUUGCUGCAACGCUGAAGAGGAACAUCUCGCCUACUUAUGUAUAAUAACUAGAUAGUGUGUAAACAUAAUUUAGUAACGUAUUGUUUGCUUUUGUUCAAAAUCUGCAAUGAGUUUGCCACCGAAAGUGGUGCCGAAACCGGCUGCUGUCGCAGUUAGUGGACCUAUAACCGGGCCAUCUCCAUCAAGCCAACUGCGGGCGUCUCUGACCUCCGUGUCGCUACCACCGGGAGCCCCGACUGCUCAACCGCCUGCUGUGCCGCCACCCCAAAUUGUCCUUAACACGGCGCGCGCCAGGAUCCAACGGGUGCAGCCGGGCCUUGAUGAGCGCCUCUUCUCAGCACAGCCCGGGGUGGCCGCAGUUUAUAGCGUCCCCAGGCACCCCGGUCCUCCGUUCCCCCCUCACGACCUCUCUAAGGGCCACCCGUCGCUGCAGGGUCCCCCGGGCCCCGGCGGCCCAGCCUCCACGCCAGGGCUCUCUCAGGUAUCAGUCCCUGCAGCGCCCCCGUAUCGCUACCUUAAGGGCUGGGAGGCAGGCGGAGGGUCUCCGUACACAUCUGGACAGAAUGCUGGCUCCGCCCCGUUGGUGUACUCUCCGCAGACACAGCCAAUGAACGUCCAGCCUCAGAGUCGCCCAUUUGUGACGGGACCACGGCCACCACCACCCCACCAGGGAGGAUUCAGGCCCAUCCAGUUCUUACACAGGGCUCAGAUGCAGACGACGCGGCCCUCCCUGGCCAACAGUAACGCAUCUCUGCGGCCGGGCUCCCAGACGGCGCCCGCGCAGGCCGUCUACCCCCCCAACCACCAGCCCAUCAUGAUGACCAUGACCAUGCCCUUCGCCGCGCCACAGGCCGCACAGUACUACAUCCCACAGUACCGACACAGUAGCCCGUACGUGGCCCCUCCUCAGCAGUACUCUGUGCAGCCCCCCCCAGGUUCCGGAACCUUCUACCCAGGGCCUGGCCCAGGGGAGUACCCAGCGCCUUUUGCUACUCCUCCAUAUUACACAGGUCAGCCUGUGUAUCCUCCAUCUCCCCCAAUCAUAGUGCCUACACCACCACAGCAGCAGCAGCAGCAGCAGCAGCAGCAGCAGCAGCAGCAGCAACCUCUACCCGCCAAACGUGAGAAGAAGCCUAUCCGGAUCCGGGACCCCAACCAAGGCGGCAGGGACAUCACCGAGGAGAUCAUGUCGGGGCGAACAUCCACCACCCCCACACCGCCGGGUGGACGAUCCUCUGCCACCCCCACACCCCCUCAGCAGCCAAUGAGCAGUCAGACUCCAGAUCCCAGUGCCGGUCACAUGGCAGCCUGCGGCCUUGACUCUUCACUGAGACAGCCCAGUCCAGCCAGCACAGACGGACAGUCCACACCAGAAGACAAACCCAAACCAGACCCCACGCCUCCUCCUCCCACGACUCCAUCUCCAAUCCCAGCGCUUCCAGAAGCUUCCGUGGACCCCAUUCAGAGAGAGGCGGCCAGCAGCAGCAGCAGCAGCAACAACAACAACAGCAGCAGCGAGUCCGCAAACAAGCCCCCAUCCUCGUCCACCUCCUCUGCUCCCUCCCCUCCUCUCCCCACGGCCCUCACUGUUGCCCCCACUGCCCCCCCUACUGCUCCCGUGGAGCCAGUGGGGCCCAAACCCGCUCCUGUUGCCCCAGCGGCCCCUGCUCCAGCCCCGGGCCCUGAGGUGUCUGAGGAGUCUCGUCAGGAGCCGGUGGUGGCCCCGACACCUGCAGCCCCUGCCUCCUCCUUGUCGACCCCUUCGCCUCCCCCGCAGGCGGUCAACGGCCUGGCCGACUCUCCGGCGGCCUCUCCCUGCGCGGAGGUGGAACUGCGGGUGGUGGAGGAGGACGAGGUGGAGGAAGAGGUGGUGACGGCGGAGGCAGAGGUGGUGUCCGUGCAGCCAGUCGCCCCAACGCCACCCCACAGGGACGAGCCUCAGGAGCCGGCUCCCACGCCAGUGACCGCCUCUGAAUCCCCGUGUCCGGCUGAAGCCCCGGUGCUCAUCGCCGCGACCACCGUGACACCCUCUUCCUCAUCCUCAUCGUCUUCCUCCUUGUCCUCCUCUCUAUCGGCCAGCUGUCCGGCGCCCACCCCCUCUGUCCUGGCUCCUCCGCCCGGCCUGCCCCCUCUGGUGCCCCCGCCGGCCCUCGAGGAGACCCAGGGCAGCGAGGCGGCAGUGGUGGUGCCGGACGUCACCGACGCGCCGGCUGCCCACAAGCCAGACGCCUCGGCGACGCUCGCGCCAGCGGCCACCGAGGACGCCCACAAGCAGAGCAACUCAAGGAAGACCUCAGCCACAGCCCCUGUCCAAUCUACAACUCCUGCACCAAAGAGCUGGAAGAAGCCAAAUGAAGGGAGUCACAUGGGAGAGGCUCCAUCAGAGGAGAAAGAGGAGGGCCCCGUCAGAGAGCCCGCUCCCCCAGCGAGGGCCCCCCAGCUGGGCCCAGAGAGCCGCGGCAGCCCCCCUCCGGCCUCCGCGGACCCUCAGGACCUCCGGGAGUCCCGGCCGCCACCGAUGCCCGAGGAGAACGGCCAGCCCGAGCCGGAGCCCAUGAGGAACGGGGCGGCGCACGUCUCCGAGACGGAGAGCAGCGACGGUGGCGUCGCCCCCGGCGACCAGAACGCCGGCUCCCCCGCCGCACCUGCCUACCUCUUCCAAGAAGAGCUGGUGCAGGCUAAUGGUAAGAGGCAGUACAACCGGGACUUCCUGCUGGGGUUCCAGUUCAUGCCGGCCUGCGUGCAGAAGCCUGAGGGCCUCCCACAGAUCAGCGAUGUGGUGCUGGACAAGAUAAACCAGAACAAGCUGCCCAGCCGAGCGCCAGACCCCAGGGUCAUCUCCAGGGGCCCCGACUUCACCCCCGCCUUCGCCGACUUCGGACGACCUAUCACGGGUGGCAGAGGUGCUCCGUUGCUGGGUGUCUGCCCACGCCGGCCACAGCCCCGUAAGAUCAUCACCCACAUCUCGGUCAACGACGACGUCCAGCUGAAGAAGGCGGAGAAUGCCUGGAAGCCUGGCAUGAAGAGGGAGAUGCCCGCUGCCAGCAACGACCCCGACACCGUUAAGACACAGGAGCUCUUCCGUAAGGUGCGCAGCAUCCUAAACAAGUUGACGCCGCAGAUGUUCAACCAGCUGAUGAAGCAAGUGAGCGAGCUGACCAUCGACACGGAGGAGCGCCUCAAAGGCGUCAUCGACCUCGUCUUCGAGAAGGCAAUCGACGAGCCCAGUUUCUCCGUGGCCUACGCCAACAUGUGCCGCUGCCUGGCAACGCUGAAGGUGCCCAUGACUGACAAGCCCAACACCACAGUGAACUUCCGCAAGCUGCUGCUAAACCGCUGCCAGAAAGAGUUUGAGCGGGACAAGGUGGACGACGUGGUGUUCGAGCGCAAGCAGAAGGAGCUGGACUCAGCCACAUCGUCCACUGAGCGUGAGCGUCUGCAGGAGGAGCUGGAGGAGGCCAAGGACAAGGCACGGCGGCGCUCCAUCGGCAACAUCCGCUUCAUCGGCGAGCUCUUCAAGCUGAAGAUGCUGACUGAGGCCAUCAUGCACGACUGUGUGGUCAAGCUGCUCAAGAACCACGACGAGGAGAGCCUGGAGUGCCUGUGCCGCCUGCUCACCACCAUUGGCAAGGACCUGGACUUCGAGAAGGCCAAGCCUCGCAUGGACCAGUACUUCAACCAGAUGGAGAAGAUUGUGAAGGAGAGAAAGACGUCGUCACGGAUACGCUUCAUGCUGCAGGACAUCAUUGACCUCCGGCUGGUGGGUUGGGGUGGCCGGCGGCCCGGGCCCGACCAGGGCCCCAAGACCAUCGAGCAGAUCCACAAGGAGGCCAAGAUCGAGGAGCAGGAGGAGCAGCGCAAGGUGCACCAGCAGCUCCUCAACAAGGACAGCAAGAGGAGGCCAGACCAGAGAGAGGUGCGUCCCCAGCGAGAGGAGCGCUCCCAGAGAGAGGAGAGCUGGAGCACUGUGCCCAUGAGCAAAAACAGCAGGACCAUCGACCCCGCCAAGAUCCCCAAGAUCUCCAAGCCUCAGAUUGAUGAUAAGAUCCAGCUGGGCCCUCGGGCUCAACUCAAUUGGAUGAAGGGAAGCAGCGGGGGAGCCAAGGCCAGCGACUCUGAGCUCUCCCGGUCCACGGGCAGCAGUCUGAACCGCUACUCUGCCCUGCAGCAGUCCUCCACGGCCCCACCCAGCCCUCAGGCCAAUCAGAGCGCAGACUACGACUCCAGGAGAACUCUGGGAAGCCGUGGCAGCAUAGGACGUGAGCGCGGCGAGAAGCCUCAGGCUCCGGCCGUGCGUCUGGGGCCCCUGAGCCGAGCGGGCAGCAGUAAGGACCUGCAGGAGGGGCCUGCCAGCGAGGAGCCGCGCAGAGAGGGACCCGACACGCCUGUCGUCCAAAGCCCUGCCCAGAACCAGUCCCGCAGAGCCAGCACCGACGACAGGAGUGACACGGACCGCAACAGAACUACCAGAGGACCUGUGAAGGCUGAGACUCCUCCAGCUGUGGUUCCAGCCAAGCCGGCCCUGCCUGAGGAUGAAAUGGAGAGGAAGUCACGCGCCAUCAUCGAUGAGUUCUUGCACAUCAAUGACUACAAGGAGGCUGUGCAGUGUGUGGAGGAGAUGGAGCAGGCGCCUCAGCUGAGUGUGUUUGUGCGGGUGGGCGUGGAGGCCACUCUGGAGCGGAGCCAGGUGACCCGCGACCACAUGGGCCAGUUCUUCCACCUGCUGCUGCACAAAGACGUCCUGCCCAGGGAGCAGCUCUACCGCGGGUUUGGGGAGACGCUGGAGAUGGCGGAUGACAUGGCCAUAGACAUCCCCCACAUCUGGCUGUACCUGGCUCAGCUGCUGGGCCCUCUGCUCAAGGAAGGGGGCAUCUCUAUGAGAGAGCUCUUUAGUGAAUUAAGCAAACCAUUGCUUCCUGUGGGAAGAGCAGGGAUUUUAUUUGCUGAAAUACUGCACCUUCUAUGCAAACAAAUGAGCCAUAGGAAAGUGGGGUCGCUUUGGACGGACUCAGGCCUGAACUGGAGUGACUUCCUGCCCGAAGGAGAGGAUGUGCACACCUUCAUCUCAGAGCAGAAGCUGCAGUUCACGCAGCCGGACAGCCAGAGCCCCCCGCCGCUCCUGUCCAGGACGCCCCUCUCCCCCGAGGAGCUGAGCCGCCACCUAGAGCGGCUCCUCCUGGAGGACAUGGCCAGUGACGAGCAGAUCUUCGACUGGGUGGAGGCCAACCUAGAUGAGUCUCAGAUGAGCUCCUCCCCUUUUCUGAGAUCUUUAAUGACAGCAGUGUGCAAAGCGGCAGUGAAAGAUGAGAGUUCCUCCUGCAGAGUGGACACUGCUAUCAUCCAGAAGAGAUUGCCUGUCUUACUGAAGUACCUUAACUCAGACACUGAGCGCCAGUUGCAAGCACUUUAUGCACUUCAAGCAUUGAUAGUAACUCUUGAUCAACCUCCUAACCUGCUCCGUAUGUUCUUCGACUGUCUAUACGACGAGGACGUGAUCUCGGAGGACGCCUUCUACCUCUGGGAGUCCAGCAAGGACCCGGCGGAGCAGCAGGGCAAAGGUGUGGCCCUCAAGUCCGUCACCGCCUUCUUCACCUGGCUGCGCGAGGCUGAGGAGGAGUCGGAGGACAACUGAGAAGAGAAGACCUGGAACCCAUCACACCCCUCCGGAAGCGUUUCCGCUCACGUUCCACCACGUUCUACCACAUUCUAGCCAGUGUGUCCACAUCCCUAAGGACUGACAAAGCCAGAUGCCAGAUGGGAGCAAAGGACUGAGGGAACACUGUCCCGAGGGGCAGAGGGAAUGCGUUCGCAGUGCGGUUCUACUAUGUUCUGUUGCGUUCCUUCAACCCCCCUGAGGAAGAUCUCCAGAAAUGGGAGCACUACAUACGUGUACUAUACAUAGAAAAUAUUUUUGCUUUAAAUUUUAACUUUUUUUUUUUUUUUUUUUUUUUUUGUUACGUUUUGAAGAGACUUGAAAACAGGUUAUAACCUGAUUAAUUUAUUAUUUUUUUAAGAGACUGCAAAGACGGACCUUUUAUUUAACAUUUGCAGAAAAAAGCUCAUAUUGAGGAGAACAUCACUGACAAUAGAAAAUAACAAAGUAAUUAUCAUUACAGUAAUAAUAAUUGUGAAUUGAAUAACCUCUGCGGAUUCCCGAGUUUGGUUGAAGACAGUUUCAGAAGAAGUUAUUUUUGGAUGAAAGGUGUGGCGGAAACCGAGAUGGUUGACGUUUACUAUGUACAAGGUCAAAGGUUAUUAUAGAAUAACCCCUCCAAAGUCUGGUGUUGCAGGGUUUGCUUGCUCUGUGGGAAAAAAAGUUUGAGCUUCCAAAAGGACAUGAGAUAUACGCACACAUAUACACACAAGAACUUUCUCUGAAUGCUGAGAAAAGCAGGGACUUGAUAGAGAAGGAGUGUGUGUGUGUGUGUGUGCUCGUGUGAAUCCAAACCAUGCCAGGGUUUUUUCAACCUUGUUAUUCUCCAGACAUGAAGAGCAAAUUUAAAGUACAUGUGAAUACAUUAAAGACUGUCUAAGAACA